UGUAAGAGGCGGUGCGUAAACAGAGAGGGCGAAGAUGGCGUCGAAUAAGAAGAGUAGUGGGUAUAACCGAUUUGAAAAAGGUGUGAGUGGAAGACGUUCGUCCAAACACAAAGAAGGCCCAGUGGCUGCUGACACCGAUUGGACCCACUCGAACAGAGAGGAUACUGACAAGGACAGAGACUUGAACUCAGAUCCUGUGAUGGACACCAAGGCAGUGUUUGCAGCUGUUUACAGCGUGUGCGAGGAGAAUGUAGCGUUCUUCUCUGGAGGAGCCAAGGGGACGCAGGGUGAUGCGGCACGACGACUUGUGGACGCCAUGAAUCUGAUCCAGGAACAUGCUCGCAGCCUGGAGCCCGUCAUCUCUGGCUUUGCUGCAGUCUACCACCAUUUCGACUUUGACCCACAUAUACCUGCUAAUGGUUAUCGCUCGCUGGUCAAGGUGGUGCGUUGCUGCCUUCUCCACAUCAUCCACAAGGGGCGGUACAUCACUGUUAACCGACGCAGCAUCUUUUUUCGAGUUGCACACAACGCGGGGGAGAUGGAGGCAUACUGCAACGCCUUAUGCCAACUUCGUGCACUCCUUUACUUAGCGCGGCGUAUGCUUCAUGACAACAGCCAUGGCAACCUCUUUUUCCAAGAUGAAAGUGGCCUUAGCGAAAGUUUUGUCCGUGAAUAUGCGUCCAUGCACAAGGGCUGCUUCUAUGGCCGCUGUCUAGGCUUUCAGUUCACUCCAGCCAUCCGGCCAUGUCUUCAAACUAUUGCCAUCGGCCUCGUGGCGUUUGGAGAAAACUAUAAACGCCAUCAGUCAGGAAUAGUGGAGGCAGGAGGUAUUGCACCAUACGGUGUUGCAGCCAGCUCUUUCUUUACCUCAGGGAAGUACGCCAUUGACCCAGAGUUGAGAGGGGCAGAAUUUGAACGCAUUACCCAGAACCUGGAUGUCCAUUUCUGGAAGGCCUUUUGGAACAUUACUGAGACUGAGGUCCUGUCUAGUCUUGCCAGUAUGACAUCCACUCAAGUCAAGGUGAAUCGUGCUCUCUCCGUGCCCCCUGUACCGUUUGACCUUCCCCUGGCGGCCAAUCACAGAGCGUCUGUAACUAUAGCUCCACCAUCAGCACACAUUGGCUCCGCUCCUGUGCAGAUGAGGCUCCUCUCUUAUGACCUGCGUGAAGGACAGGACAGUGAGACUCUGCUGUCUCUCUCCCGCUCCGAGGGGGGCGCCAUCUCACUAUCACUGGGGCUGAAGACGAAGCGCCUCCCCUCAUCUCCCUAUCUCCUAAUCCACUUUCAUGGGGGUGGCUUUGUGGCCCAGACCUCCAAGUCCCAUGAGCCCUAUCUGAAGAGCUGGUCUCAAGAGCUUGGUGUCCCCAUCCUCUCAGUGGACUAUUCUCUUGCCCCAGAGGCCCCAUUUCCCAGGGCCCUAGAGGAGUGUUUUUAUGCCUAUUGCUGGGCUCUGAGGAACCACCACCUUCUAGGCUGGACCGGAGAGAAAGUUUGCCUGGUUGGAGACAGUGCAGGAGGCAACUUGUGUGUAACAACGUCGAUGCGAGCUGCUGCCUAUGGUGUACGAAUGCCAGAUGGCAUUGUGGCAGCCUACCCUGCUAUCCUGCUGACUGCCUACGCUUCACCCUCUCGUCUGCUAACACUUAUGGAUCCCCUGCUGCCACUCAGUGUGCUCUCCAGGUGUCUCAGUGCCUACGCAGGCAACGAGCCACAGACUGAAAAGCAGGUAGAGAAAGUGAGCACAUUAAGCAUUGUGAGAAGAGACACAGCACUGCUGCUCCGAGACUUCCGACAGGGAGCUUCCAACUGGAUCCAUUCUCUGCUGGACUCAAAUAGAACCUCAGCCUCCCCCAGCACAGCUGCAGAGGAACCACCAGAAGCCACUGAUCCUGUGAGGAAAAGCAUUUCAGAGGCUUCCAUUUCAUCUCCUCAUGCCGACCCCCCUGUACCCUCUGAGCCCUCUGAGUUUCCAACCAGAAAAUUAUCUGUGAAGAGCCAGACUUGCCAGGACUUAGGAUCCCACAACAAUUACACUUCCAGCAGUGCACCACUGCGUACUCCAGAGGAUGUGAAUUUCUAUCUGUCAAAGGACGUUGAUCCUUCAAUGUCCAGUGACCUGUCAUCUGUGGCCAUACCACCCCCUGCUGGUGAGGAGGGGUCUGAGAUGGAGCACCCCAGGGAGUUUCCUGUGGGCUUUGAACCGCUGCGCUCUGAGCAGCUGGCUGAAAUGAGGGUGCAAAGCUCUCCUGUGGUCAAGGAUCCAUUCUGCUCCCCCCUGCUGGCCCCUGAUGACAUGCUGAAAGGGCUGCCACCUGUACAUAUAGUGGCUUGUGCAUUAGACCCCAUGCUGGAUGACUCUGUGAUGUUUGCCAAGCGUUUGAGGAACAUAGACCAGCCCGUCACUCUGUGCGUGGUGGACGACCUCCCCCACGGCUUCCUCAGCCUAUCGCAGCUCUCCCGGGAGACAAGGGAGGCUGCCAACGUCUGCGUGGAGAGAAUUCGCACGGUUCUCACCCAGAAGGACACACCUCCAGAGCCGCGCAAGCACCGCAAGCUGGAACGGACCGAUAGGGGAGUGCCGGCCUCUUCUGGGGAAGCCAAUUCGCUCUUCGUCAACCCCAUUGAGGGAGCCGAGCAAGCAGUUGGGAAAGCAGCUAAAAUUGCUGAUGGAGAGGACUUAGUUGCUGUGGCAGCCCAGAAUAACACUGACGCUGGUGGUAUUGGGGCUUAAAUAAGGUUAGAGAGAGGGGGACUGCGGUUCACUUGAGGUUUGAAGGGGCAAAGAGUAAAUGAAAGUCAUAUAAAUUUAGACAACGCCUGCCAAAAAGAGAGAGCUUUGGGGGGAAAAAAUAGAAAGCAAACUCACAAAGCAAGGAGGGGCAGUCUAAUUGAGGGGGAGAAAUCGUGGAGGCAAACUGAAAGGCAACAAUUCUUGUUACUUAUCAGUGCACUAUUAUGCACCGACGCGAAUUUGGCAGACAAAAUGAUCCCGCCCACAAAAGACUGUCGCAUUUUAGAAUAAAAUGGUAAUUUAGCUGCUACUUAGAUCAAAGACCAGCUCUCACCCACACAUGCAGUGCACAGAUUUAACAGAGUUGCCCGUCAGGCAGAGGAGGUUCGGACAUAAAGCUGCGCAGACGAUUCCAGAGACGAGGCCUGAAUGGGUGAUUCAUCUAGGCCAAAGCAGUCAUUUGUGGCCCUAAUCUGAUAGCGGUAGGCACACUAUAUGCUUCUUGUAUAGAGUCAUCCCUAUAAAAAUGGCCACUUGUCCUUUAGGGAGCCACUCUAAAUCACACUUAAUAACUUCACAUUGUGUUCUCCAUUACGCCAGUUUGGCAGUCAAUACGGCUCACUUUGUGGAUAGUAACUCUGUUGACUCUCUCCCAAAUAGAAUUACAAAGCUCAAACACAACAGACUGAAAGACUCUGAAGCCAACGAAUUGAUUGACUUGGUUCAUAUGAUUCUGUUACCAUUUUAAAAUCAUUGUAUUAAUCCUAUGCAGUAGCACUACUACAUUUAUUAUUUAUAUCCGUUUUCUAUUGCUGUAUCGUAAUCAUUGAAUCCCAACAGAUUUGUUUGUUGAUUUGUACACUUAUGUUUUUUUUUUCUUAUAUGUAAUCGUAUGCUGUGUAUUUCACAUUUUUGAAUGUGCUCAAUAUUUACCUCUUCUUUUAGCCACUGCUGCUGGCCUUUCCUAUUAAUCUGUGCUCUCAGUAAUGCAUACUGAUAGGACAGACUAAGUGAGUAUUACACAGGGCCAGAACACUCCGUUUUAGAUGCUGCCUGGUGUUUUUUUUUUUUUUUUUUUGUAGUGCUGAUAAUGCUAAUGCAAAAAUAGAUUGUUACAGUUGGAAUUUGUUGGAGAUGCACUUAGAUACAUUAUUUUAUGGAGAAAAGUACACACUUAAAAACUUGGGUGGCAUCUUUAUAAUUCUUUGAAUAAGAAUUAUAGCUCAUCACAUACUGGAGUGGCUUGAUAUGCUCUUUGUGUAAAAUAGGAAUCAAAGAGAAAUGUGCUGAAAAAAACAUGUGCCCUCAGCUAUCAAUACACAUUUCAACUUCACUGCACUGAUUUUCUCCCACGUUGUCGCUGUCUGUCACCAGACUUUAUUGUCCACUACUUCUCUGCACAGUUUGCAGUGUGUCAAAGUACCACUUCCCUUGAGCCGUGGCGAUUUCCUGCCUGACAGCCUCUUUGAACAAAUCAGGGGUUUUUAGGCAAAGUUAGACAGACCAGACCAAGAAAGUUGUUGCUAAGAGUGCAAUGUAAAAGUAGUGUAAAGCUGGUAGUUUGGAGUUCUUUGGGCCCCUCCACUAUCGAAUUUCUGUCUUUGAUAACCUGAGGACGAAUCUCCAAGCCUGUUGUGACUUUGAGGUAUACAGAAAUGUCCUUUGUGGGGUCAGUCCUUCCAUCAGGUCCAACUAAAUAUAGAUGCCAACAAUGGUGCUACUGUUCUGCCCUUGCUUGGUAACAGGGCUGAGGUUGCCAGGUCUGUAGAGAGGGAUGCUGUGUGAUGAAUAGGAUUUUAGCUAAAGCUCUGAGUGCAAAAUCCUUCCCUCCGUAGAAGAGCAGGAUUUUCAACAGCGAAGUCAUGCUACAGGAUUAGACCUUGCUCGGUUCUGUCAGCUCGGAGUACUUACUGCAAUAUUUUAGUAUCAUAUUGAUGGAGAGAACUAGGGCUCUGAAGAGAAAGGAAAGUAAUAUACUCAUCUUCUCAAACAUGCAGGGCUGAAGUUUAGGCAUUACUUGCUGCUGUUGUGCUCACUCUGCACUUUUCUGUGGUUGGUUUUUUCAGUCCAUGUGAGUUUAUAUUUUAGGCUUAAGCUUGUAUACAUGUCUUUUUUUUCUCUGUUUGGUGCCUGUAUGUGUUAAUUGAAGUGGAGUGCACAUGUGAGGGUUCACAUGCUUGUACAGGCUGAGGUUACAGUAUUCAGUGGUGUAAGAAACAUGAGGACGCACACGUGGGCCAUCCUCUUUGUUUAUGUAUUGCGUUUACGUAAAGAAGGUAAUGGCACUUUACAAUCAAGAGACUCUUCACUUGCUGUGGAGAGCAUCUUCACAUAGCACUUAUGGGCUCUUUCUGUCCUCUGGUAGACACAAGCUUAACUUGUCCUCUGAUGCUGAAAACACAAUCCAUGCAUCUGCCUCUGCAGGCCACCAGGCCAUCCUCUUGAGGUCAUUAGCACUUUUUGUGUAAAUCACCACUAAUUUACCCUUUAUUCAUCUGUGUACGUUUCUAACUCUAGAUGACCACUCAUGCAUCAGCCUCGCUUAGACAGACCAUAAAACCCACUGGGAGUUUUGGGCAGAUGUCAUGUUCUUCACUUUUUUCAGGAGUUUUACUUUCACAUCUCCUGACAUAUUUCUUACGUUUCCUGCUACUGUGAGCUGACAUGUUAGUAAAUGCACAGAUCAUGCUGAAGACAUGCAGUUAGACACCAGCACCACAGCUGUAGUUUUUUACGGUUUCAUAGUUUGUUCAAAUGUAUUGGUGCAGUCUCUGGUUGUGCAAUAUUUUUGAAUUACCCUGAGUGGACUUGGUCAUAGGCAUACUAAUAUACUCAUAUGCCAAAACGUUUUAAUCAACUUGAAUGAUUUCACGAAGCUUAAAGCUCCAGUGUGAAAGAUUUAACAGGCUCUAAUUGCAGAGAUUGAAUAUAAUUUUCAGAAUUAAUUUUUUAUUAGUGUAUAAGUACCUGAAAAUAAAUAACGUUUGUGUUUUUUACUUGACAAGGAGCCUUUUGUAACUGCAGGUUUACCAAAAUUUCUACGCUGAGUGCGGCCAAGAGUUAAUAUCCUCUUGACCGAAAAGGCCAGAAUGGACAAAUUAAACACUUGCUCCAGCGAAGGCCUCCGGUGUUUUUCCACGUUCCACAUGGUCACAGGAACAAGGGGCAUUUAGUUGGUUGAAAAUUUCAGCAAUCAAUGCCUCUACAGAUUGAACCUUUAACCCUUUUAACACAUUUGAGUGUUGAACAAACUUGACCACUUCACAUAAUUUGUUUUGUAGUAACGGUAACUCAAACAAGCGAUCACUUUUAUGAUUUCAGGUACAACCCAAGACUGAGUCCUCAUAAUUCCUGUACCAUUUCUUCCACAUCAGGUUUUAGCCAGUGUGAUAACCAGCCUAUACUGUACAUUCAAAUCGCUAUGCACUGUAAAAUGCAAUUCUGAUAUAGUAUUUGAUUAGCCUUAAAAACAAGCCAUAGACUGGAAACAGCUAUUUUAAGUUCCUUUUUUUUGUUUUACUUUUUUAAGCUUUCUUUUUAUUAGAAACACCACAAGUGCAAACCUGUGUAUAAGAAAGAAUGUAUAUUACACAUUAUAACUGCAUGAUACAUGUAGAUAUUUUUCAUUGUCACGUGUGUUAAUCUGAUUGAUUGCUGAUUGAUUUGACUGCAGUUUCUUUGCAGGUUUCAUACUGGAAUGUUGUCUCAUGUCAUGAGUAGGAUGGUUUCUUCCAUUGUUGAUUUUUAUCUAAAUAAAUAUAUUCUCCAAUGAA